AUGGCGUUUGCCAACCUAUUUAGUUAUCCCAGUGAUUACGACGUGCUUAACGUGGGAAAUGAUGACUGGAGUGAUCUUCAAGGCGCUCCUACGCGUCAGAGUCACAUUGCAUUUACUUAUCCUUUCGGCCCUACUGGGUAUUCCGAGGCCUUUGCUCUGCCCUUUGCUUCCGAUAGGGGUGCAUACUCUGGCCCCGUUCCGGAUAAAGCGGAGCCGAUGCAAUUGAACAGCGAGGCCUUGGACUCACUAGAUUUUUUCCGUCUCUCCCAGGGGCCAGAUAUGGUCAGAUCACCUUACUCGCAAAAGGCCAAAAAAAAGCCCCCUCCAGCGUCACGGAGCCCAACACCUGCGAGUAAGAGGGGACCACAAAGAUUUCGAAAACAGAAUCGCUCGUGCGAUCCUUGCCGUUCAGCGAAGAGAGCCUGCGAUUUGCCCCCUAAUACUACCCUCUCAAACAACCCUCCUUUAUCACCAUGUUCCAUGUGCAAACUACGGGGCAAGGUUUGCACGAUUGCGUGGCGUUCUACCAAGCAAGCUUCCUACAAUACCAAGAAGGAUGCGUCUGAUUCAUUCGUCAAGAGCCAUUUUACCGGCUAUGGCCCCAAUACCAUCGAACACGCCAAUGAUGGCCUCUCGCCUACCACCAGUCCAACAACUCUGCCAAGCCACGACUAUGCACUAGUAUGCCGUACCAUGGCUUCUCAGACAUGCUUUCAGAAACUGAGAGUAUACAUUCACACAUUUGAUAAUCCAAUUUCAAAUCUACUUUCAGACAAGUGCAUGCCUCCUUGUUACAUUUUGGGAAUUACUGCUUUAACACCAUUGAAACGCAAUACACAAAUAGCCGCACGAUUCAACCAAGCUGAAUCGAGCAUCAUGAACUCCUGGGAAUCGAAACCUCCUCCACCGCUGCCGACUUCUCCUGAGUCACGUCUGUUCCUUACGGCCAGCAUUCUUGAUUUGCUGUUUCAGCGUCCAUAUUCUCGCGAUAUUGCCUUGAUUGAAACGUACAAAUGGGUUGCCAUUGCGACCGGGUCGCAAUUUGUGGUCAACAAAAGUGGCGCUGAUAAGAAGGAAAAGUCUCACGAGCAAGCAAGAGAUAUUGCAUACGCUACAUGGUGCAAGGCAAAACAUAUGGUCUUUGAGAAUAUUGCAGCAAGCAAAUCGUUCCGUUUAGGAUUGUCGCUGCUCCUCUUUGGAACAAUCUUGCCACCUACUGGGACGGACCGGAGUAGUGAUUUUAGGGAAGAAGCUGCCUAUGCACUGCAUGAAGGUAUUCGUCGACUCCGCACGCUGUGUGCUGAAGCUCGUGCUUUUCUCCAGAGUGUUGGUAUCCGUUCCCAUAUUCUUACGCCCUUAGGAGGACUAUAUACGCCCACGAAAAGGCAAUGUCUGUUCCAAAAACUGUCCCCCGAAGCCUAUGGAAACGUUAUAGAGCUUAUUGCAGCUUUUGAAUGGCUCGUUGAGAUUUCACAGUCCGUAGCAAUUGCCCUUUCCCCACUUGGAAGUUUUCCUGUUGAACCGUCUUUCCAUAAGUUCAAUUCCGAGGGUCCUCAAGUGAAAGAGGUCUUCUCGGAUGUGAAAAGUAUGGAUGAUGGCAUUAUUGCGCGUGUCAGGGCAAUGGCCCAGCCUGUGACAGAGCUAUGGACUCAAGGCGCUGCGGAGCAACUUGUGCACGAGGCCGUGCUUAAAUUAGGGUCUUUCGUCGUCAUAAUGUGGAAAGCACUUGCUCGCUUGACACUAGCCGCUCAGAAUUGGGGGACCGGAUAUGUUAAAGAUGCAGAGAUCCAUCAUCAUUUCAAUAAGAUGCUAUUGCAUAUUGAUCUAUGGAGAACGACCUUUGGCACAAUUGACUGCGACUCGGCUAAGAGUUUGCAGCUGUCACCAACCGAUGUGCGGCUCAGUGUGAUUUUCUGCGCUACUGAUGGCGAUCUCGCGGUCCUUCUCUUUUAUGAGCUUUGCUGCCAUCUUCAAAAACGUCUGGGGAACCAGCCACGGGGGCAAGGUGGUUUCCGUGAAACACUGAAAUUAACCAAAAGUCACCGGGAUAGCCAACGACUUGCGAGCGCGAUCCAACUGUCUUACCUAGCUUCAGCGAACCGCGGAGUCUUAAGUUCUGGCUUCCAAGAACAGUGUGGAAUCAAGGCACCUCUUGAGGAUAUUCGGGCACACCCACAUCCUACUAUGGUGGUCCAAGCAUACCACCUAGCCAGCAAAGGUUUAGCACAAGAGAUCCAGAACUCAGUUUCAGCAGUAAAAGUAAAAGGUAUUUCAGACAUUUCUACUGCUCUCGAAUGCUGUCUGCAGGAGCUGCAAGGUUUGCAAAGUUCCCUUAUCAUGGACCCUGCGAUAGGAGGGUAUAAUGAGAGUGCAACACUCACUUGA